GCUCGGCCCUGGGUUGAGGCAGGGCUGGAUCAACGCGAGCGGAGGGUUGGGGCAGCCUCGGGAAGCACAUGGGGCUGGAGGCUCCCCAGGGGUCUACUGACUGCCCGUGGUGGUGUGUGUGGAGCAGGAGAUGCCAGCUGCUUCAAAAGGGGCUAAGCACUGGAUUUGGGCAGUUUUCCAUGCUGGGUUGGCACUGGCUGACGCUGCUGGGGGUUGAAUACUCCAAACUUGGGGAAGUGGGGUGAGUGUGAGCCUGGGGGUCUGCAGCAGUCCCAGCUUUGGAGCUCCCUAAUCGGGUAGAAGAAGACCAAGGACUCUGUCAUGCAUGCAGGGAGUGGGUUGCUUUCUGUGAAUCUGUUAAUGAGAUUUAAUGAACACUGCUAACCAAAAGAGGAUCAAGUCCUAGCUUGGAAAACCAUCGAAUCCCAGCCAGGGUUAUAUUUGCCUUGCUCGGAUAAGAGGCUCCUGGUGCAACUGUGGGCUGUGGAAGGGAUCCCAUGCCUGUGUGAGGAGGGGGACUGCUUGGAUGGAGGGCUCUCUGCUACUUAACCAUAAAGGUCAAGGCUCUUGGCAUCGAUCUGAAACAGUCUUGUCCCUGGUUACCCAACAGCUUCUUGCAGAUGACAAGGAUGGUUAGCAAAGUGGCUGAGCCUGUGGUGUAUUCUUGCUGCUUGCUCAAAGGGCUUCCGUGCCACCGUGCCUGGGUUCUCAAGAUUAAGAAAUGGGCAGAAAAACAUCCUAUUGCUUCACUUGCCCGUGUGCAAGCUUGCCCUGUGCCCAUGUUGGGGUGGGAACCCAGUGGGGUUUUGGCUCCAAGCCAGUGCCGAGAGCACAACUGGCUGCAUUGAUGUGUCAGAAGCUCUGGUAGCUCUUGGACCUGGUGGAAGAGGAACAGUAAACUUCAGUAUUUGCCCCUUCCCCAUCCUCCUGAGCUGCACCCAGGUUGUAUCUGACCUCAGUUGUGCUCAAGUCUUUCCCUCUGCCCAAGACACCCCUGAAAUCCUGAAUGCCUGAGUCCCAGGCCAGGUCUGGCAGCCAGAGGCAGGGAGGUUUCCACUCUGUUAGCUUUGCUGUGGGGCCAAGCCUUGCCCAGCCUGGCUACUGCACGUUUUGCUCUGGCAGCAAACACGCUGGCCCUCCUCCUGCUUGCUUGCAGCUUGCGCAACACCCCUGUAACCAGUGCUGCUUUCCUCCCUGCAGCUGCCACGAUGCCUCUGUCGCAGAGCAGGGCUGGCCAGCAGAUGCCCUGCAGCAGCAAGGUGUGCAGGAACCUCUUUGGCCCUGUGGACCACCACCAGCUCCAAAAUGACUUCCAGGACCUGUUGAGGCAACAGCUGGAAGAAGCCCAGCACCGCUGGAACUUUGACUUUGAGACAGACACACCCUUGGAAGGAUGCUUCAAGUGGGAGAGGGUUGUCUUUGCUGACCAGCAGCUGCACAGCCCAUCCAAGGCCAACAGCAGUGAGAGUUGGAGCUGCUCCUCAGCCCACAAGGUACCCUCCAAGGACCGUCUUGGCCAGGCCUGCUCUGAGGUGCCUCAGCAGGGCUCUGAGGCUUGCACGGCUGGUUCCCCGCAGCGCUUGAAACGCAGGCAGACCACCAUCAAAGACUUCUACAACUCCAAGCGGAGAAUCGUCCCCGACAAGCCCAAGCCGUGACCUCGUGGUGCUUGGCACCAUUUGCAAGUGCCUCUGCUGAGGGUGCUGUCAUCGGGGAUCCCUCACAGCUGCUGAUGCUAAUGUGCCCUAGGGGUGUCUGUGGCUCUUUCCUCAGCCCUGUACUAUGUAAGCUGUGUGUAUGAAGCAACAUAGUCUGUAGUUCCCUAUUUAUGAGUAGCCCUGGGUCCUGAGGGACCUUCACUUGUGUGCAAUGUAUAUGGAGUAGCCCAUGUUGAGGGUUGUAGCCCCUCAGAGGGGAUGGAGAAGGACUGAAACAGGCCUGGCAGACCAAGAUGAUGGCAUUUGUCUGCCCACAGAGGUGGAGAAGAGCCUGCAUCCUCUGCCCUGUGCUGGUGAGGCCAAGCACUGUCCUGGCACUGUCCUACUGUCCAGCCAUAGUCCUCCCCCUGCCUGCAGGUUGGCUGUGGAGGAUGCUCUUGUACCAGCAGCCCAGAGGGGCAGCAGCUUCAGAAACUCCCAGGAAAAUGUUACUGAUGGUAGGGGUGGCGCAGCUUGGCUCUGAGCACACCCUGGCUGCUGGCACUGGGUGUCAGCUAGGACAGCCCCAGGGGCGGUGAGUGCUUGUCCAUGCUUGGAAAUGGAGUGAUGCAAGGGGGGGGGCUGUUCCUUCCUUCAGUCCUUCUGAGGAAAGGAAAUGCCUGGUCCCUGGACAGCCCUUCCUCCAGGUGACUCACUGAUGCUAUCAUGUGUGUUAGAUGGGCUGGAGAGGAGUGACAAACUUGGUGUGAGUCACAGGGAACUCCAGCAAGGUCUGCUGGCUCUCACCUGCUCCUGCAGCAGGGAGAAGGGCUGCUUUUA